AUGCCCUCCAGCAACCCGUUGCCACCCAAAGAAAAUGCCUUGUUUAAGCGAAUCCUGAGGUGUUACGAACACAAACAAUAUAAAAAUGGGCUAAAAUUCGCGAAGCAGAUCCUGUCAAAUCCCAAGUUCAGCGAACAUGGAGAGACUUUGGCGAUGAAAGGUCUCACUCUGAAUUGCUUGGGUCGCAAAGAAGAAGCUUACGAUCAUGUGCGGCGUGGCCUCAGGAAUGACCUACAAUCCCAUGUUUGCUGGCAUGUUUACGGUCUUCUGCAGCGGUCAGACAAGAAGUAUGACGAAGCUAUCAAAUGUUACAGAAAUGCACUCAAGUGGGAUAAGGAUAAUAUUCAGAUUCUCAGGGAUCUGUCGCUGCUUCAAAUACAGAUGAGGGAUCUGGAGGGCUACAAGGAUACUAGAUAUCAGUUGUUCAUGUUACGUCCUACUCAACGAGCUUCUUGGAUCGGUUUUGCUAUUUCGUAUCAUUUGUUGAGAGAUUAUGAGAUGGCAUUGAAAAUUUUAGAUACUUUUCGGAAUUCUCCAAUGAUAUGUUACGAUUACGAACAUAGUGAACUGCUCCUGUACCAGAACAUGGUCAUCCAGGAGUCGGGGGAAAGUGAGCAGGCGUUAAAACAUUUAGACAAGUAUAGUGAUCAAAUUUGCGACAAGGUUACUGUUAAAGAGACCUAUGGUAAACUGAGACUGCAGUUGAAGCAGUAUGCGGAAGCGGAACAGGUGUAUAAGGAGCUAUUAGAUAUUAAUGCGGAAAACACGACAUAUUAUAUUAGGCUAGCAGAGGCUGAAAAUCAUACUUCACCGAGUGAAACGUUGCACAUGCUCCAAAGAUACGAAGAUCUUUUUCCUCGCGCGUUAGCGCCCCGCCGUUUGCAACUCAAUUAUGCGACAGGGGAUGAAUUUAAAGCCUUAGUUGAUCGAUAUUUACGAAGAGGGCUUCACAAAGGUGUACCGCCGUUAUUCGUGAACCUUCGCUCGUUAUACACUGAUAAGCAAAAAGUUGAAAUCAUAUCAUCUCUACUUGUGCAAUACAAGGAGGCAUUAAAACUUCACGGACACUUUAGCGACGAAGAGAAAGAUAAUCCGAGAGAACCGGCGUCCGCUUUAUUGUGGACAUAUUAUUAUUUAGCACAACAUUACGAUUAUCUCGGUCAAACGGAAAAGGCGCUGAUCGAGAUUGACGCUGCCAUAGAUCACACUCCUACGCUUAUAGAACUUUUUGUUACCAAAGGACGCAUUUACAAGCAUGCAGGGAACGUCCAUGAAGCUUACAAGUGGCUGGAUGAGGCGCAAGGCUUGGAUACAGCUGACCGUUAUAUUAACUCUAAAUGUGCCAAGUACAUGCUCCGUGCGAAUCUUAUCAAGGAAGCCGAGGAGACUUGUGGAAAGUUCACGAGAGAAGGAGUCUUAGCUAUGGAGAAUUUAAACGAGAUGCAGUGCAUGUGGAUCCAAACAGAAGCUGCCUAUGCUUACAUGCGUCUCGGAAAGUACGGAGAAGCUUUAAAAAAGUGUCACGAAGUUGAUAGGCAUUUCUCGGAAAUUAUAGAGGACCAAUUUGACUUUCAUACCUACUGCAUGCGGAAGAUGACGUUGCGAUCGUACGUCGGGCUUCUGAGGUUAGAAGACGUCCUUCGAGCUCAUCCGUUCUACUUCAAAGCAGCGCAAUGUGCGGUAGAAGUCUAUCUACGGCUGCACGAUUAUCCUUUGCCAGAUCCAGCGCAAACACAAGAAAUCGACACCGAGAACUUGGCGCCAUCCGAGCUGAAGAAGCUGAGGAACAAACAGAGGAAACAACGUAGAAAGGCCGAACUGGAGCGACAGCAAGCCGCGCAAGCUCAGGAGAAGAGAGAGCAGCACAAUAAAUCUCGGCAGCAGGCCGACCCUGAUCUCGAGCAACCUACGUUAGACGAAUUAAUUCCGGAGAAGCUGGAAAGGGUCGAGGAUCCACUGGAGCAAGCAAUAAAGUUCCUGCAUCCCCUGCAGGAACUAGCGUCAAACAGAAUAGAGACUCAUCUCAUGGCUUUCGAGAUAUAUAUUCGCAAAGGUCGCACCCUGCUCAUGCUGCGCUCGAUAAAGCGCGCUCACAGGCUGGACGUGAACAAUCCCGACCUGCAUACGUGUCUAGUACGUUUUCUGCUGCACACUAGCGGCUCGCCGUUAGAGGGUCCGCUGGGAGAGGUGGUGAAACGCCAAACUGCCGGGAUCUUCUCCAAUCCGAAGGCGGUGCAGCUCAAUGCCGAGUACUUGAAGAAGAACAGGAACUCACUGCCGCAUCUGUUGCAAGGCGCGAGGAUGUUGUAUGUUCUGGACCCGUCGGCACAGUCGAAGGCGCUCACCCUCGUGACGAAUAUCGAGGGGCUCGACGGCGUAACAUUGAAAAAUUGCACAAAGGUGCUCGAGGCGUUGCGCAACAGCGACUUUGGUGACUGCAACGCCACGAUAGCCGAUUACAUGGCGAAAUGCCACGAACGAUUCCCGUUUGCCACUGCGUUUCGGCCGCCCGAGCCGAAAGCCAAUCAUCAAGAGAAAGAAAACUCGAUCAAGAACUGAUCCAGGCACGCGCUGUUGCAGCGUCACUGAAUCGCUAUCAUAGACGAACCAAUGGAAGAAAAAGAGAAAGAGAGAGAGGGGGGAUGAAGGAAGGAGAAAUAGAGAGAGGGAAUGAAAGAAGGAGGAGG